AUUUCUUGGAAGCAACCAAAAACGACGGCGUCACAAGCCAAAGCAUUUAUCACUUGUGUCUACCAUUUUCUGCUCAUACCGUGCUUUUAUAUCCCCAUUUCUCCUCUUCCAUUGAAAGUUCUGCGAUCGAUUGUUUUUUCCCUCGUCACAAUCGCUGUUUAUUGUGGAUCCAUCUCGCGGCGCGUUGUGCGUUGCGUUGCGCUGCACGACAACGCAUAAACUUUGAUUUGAAAGGAUAGUAAACACACGCGCAUGCAAAGCACAUGUACACAUUGGAAAAUCUCUGCGAUAUAUAUCACCCGCUGUCGAAGAUCCGUCUUCCUCAGCUCACGGAUCGGAACGACGAGAGCUGUUGACGCGACUUGGUUGCCUGGGGAAUUAUUUGACAGCAGAACACGAUUGCUUCAACAUGACUUCUCCUACUGAAGCCACGCAGGCUUCGCAUAUGCUGCAGGGCGACACGAUUAUUGUUAGGCAUCCUCGCGAGCGACUGAACCCCACAACGCCUCAACCUCAGGAAGCAGGACCCCAAGAUCCAGCUGCGGUGACAUUGCCCUCGACAGAGAUACCAAACUCGCCCAUCGAUCCAAACGAGUCCUUCAGAACCGAAGUUAACGAAGAUCGACCGGCCGUUACUGUUAUCCCAUCGUCACUUACACCGCCUCCGUCAACCCAGGUAAACAGCCAUGCCAGUCAAGCUGGGCCCGGUCCCUCCAAACGAAAGUUCUCUGGCUCUCAGCAGUCGUCAACACUCUUCUCCCCACCAGCUACCGUACCCAAUAACAUACGCGAACGUCCUGUGACAACGGAAUUCCUCCCUCCCGCUCCACAUCAGGUCCUCGAGGCGUCUGCCGACGAGCUGCGCGUCAUGCUUCAAUCAGCUCUAGCAGAACAACAAAAGCUCAAGAUGGAGACAGCUCAUCAUAAGCUACAGUAUAGCUUAUUGUCUAUCCAGGCCGACGACGAUGCCAAGCGUGCUGCUGUGGAACACGAGAUGAUGCGUCGCGAGGUAGACGCGCUACGAAAUGCAGAGUUCACCCGACUGGCUAGAAAAGAAUUCGAUAAGCCGUCCGAGGCAUUACAAGCAAAGUAUUUACAGAUGAAGACGCGGUAUGAGGCCAUGCUACAAGAGAAUGAGAUCCUCCAACGCCGGAUCCAGACUGCUAAGAAGGUCAUCAAGCAAAGCGAGGAUGAAAGCAUUGCUCUUCAUGAAGAGCGAGAUAUGUUACUGAGACGAAUACGCGAGAACAGAGAGCAUAUGCAAAUGCUCUGUAGACCUGGGGGUAUAUUUCAUGCAGUCUUGACGCCCAGACAGAAAGCUGCUGUCGUGACACAAGGGCAUAGGAGCUCUCAGCAACAGCAGACAUCUAGAUCACAAGGCGAGCAUGGUCUCUCGGCUUUGUUGCAGGCUAUGAGCCAGGAUAACAACAGCGCACCUUCGACACCGAUGCAUUCUCACCGCCCUGCACCGCGCGUCGGAAAACACAACCGCAACUCGCAAUCCAUGUCGUCUCUGCCCACGACGCCUAUGAACCGGCCGGUGGGUACAAACGUUGGGCUUCUUCCAUCGGUGGAUCUGGUACCUCACUCGGAGCCUCAUCGAUACUCCCAAAGACAGUUCAUUCCUACGACACCUGUGGCCAAGACUGACCGCCGCCGUAGGAGUCGAGAGAGCACUAUUUCAGCAGACGAUAAUGAGGAGCUAGCCAGACAGGCGCUUGAGUCGGUUGCCGCAGCCCAGUCGUUUACAUCACAGUCACGGAACCGGAGCGACCAAGAUGGAGAGGUAUUUGAUAGCCAGGCCAGUCAAGCUGCUGCAGAGAUGUUGCGGCGAGAUCCGCGGCAGAGCUUUGAGGUUGCCGAAACCUUGAAGAACACACCAGGACCAAUGGAGAAGACCGUCCGCAUGCAGGAGAGAUUACUUUCCCAUCGAAAUGGAGAUAGCGACAAGCGAAAAUUCAGCGGCAACCAUUCAUCUACUGAGGAAAUACGACUCGAUCGAGGAAGUCCAGCGAAGAAGUCCAAAGUGGUUGAACCAAUGACAGAUGGGCAUGAUAAGCUAGGACUGGGGAUUCAGUAUAGACAGUGAAAUGUCUAGUUCAGAAGCAGAUUGCAAAUGGAGUUCGGGGUUACCCAUACGAUUAUAACGACGGCAUCGGCACAGGAGGGCGUUGGUGGUAUUGUUUUGGCGAGUUUGUUUACGUAUGUUGGCUUGGUAAAAGAGGGUAGAAUGCCACAGCCGGAAUUGUGUAUAAAUGGAAAGAUUGUUCAAGUUUCAACAUGAUAUUGAAUCUCAAUCAGAA